AUGAAUAGCAACAUGCUACGAACAAACCAAAAAAUGCUAUCGUUGUUGAUACUAUACAGCUCUCUCGUUGCUUGCUUAUCGUUUGCUUUUGCAAAACCAUUUGAAACAGUUCAGGACUCCACAGAAUUUAUAAAUGAUUUUAAUCAACUCGAUACUUUGAUGGGAAGAGUUGAUGCUUCAAACGCCAGCUUUUCCACAAAAGAGCUUUACAAGUUUACAAUUGCAAGCAUGGGGAAAAAACUGAUCAAAAACGAACCUCUGGAGGAAACACUUGACGCAAUAGUUAAUGAUAUUGAAGAAUCUAUAGUGCAUUUGACACUACUGAAUAACUCCGAGUAUGGCAAUAUAUUUAAUCUACUGAAGGAGCAGAGAAUGCUUCACACUAUAAGCACAGAUUUACAGGUCCGCAUGAGCAGGCACGAGUUCACGAUAUUCGAAGCAACAAAUUGGAUAGUCACUAAAUCGUUAAAACCCAUGUUGCAAUGUUACGUCACGUAUUUACACAGAAAUCUGAACGAAAUUCAAAAAGUGUAUCUGGCCACUAGUCAAGUGACCAAACAGCAGUUAAAUCAGAUACUAAAGAUUUCGAAGAAGGCUAGAGUUUUACUAAUCGCAACUGAAAGCGUCCUGACGUCCGUCGAGCAGACGGGCCUGACUGGUUUUUUGCAAAAGAAUGAACGCUUCACAAUUGAUGAACCAUAUGAUGAUUCGCGGGCUGAAUUAGAAGACGAGAUAGAGGAUGAACUAGGCGAUGUACCAGAAGAUGAUCCAGAAGAUGAUCCAGAAGAUGAUCCAGAAGAUGUACCAGAAGAUGAUCCAGAAGAUGAUCCAGAAGAUGAUCCAGAUAACGAAUCUGAUGCAGGUUCAGAUUAUGAACCAGGCAGUCAGCCAAGUAACGAAGACGAAGAAAAUGCAGAAACAACUGAAGGCUUCAUCAGCCGAAUCGUUCAGGCUAAAGGCCAUCUACUAAAACUAGGAUUCGGCACAAGCUAUUCGUUCAUGUCCAUUAUUGGUGCAGUGGUUAUUUUGCCUAUGAUGUGUGCGAUGCCUAGCAUCAUGCUCAUGCAAUGCGUAUGGUUAAUGAUUUCACUCACAGGCUUGAACCUCAUCGUUAUGGCUGCCUAUAUCGCUUUUCUUCGGCAAGAAUACUUCAAUUCCUGUUAG